AUGAAUCCCAGGCCAAACAAAGCCGAUCCCGUCCUGAUAGUUGGCGCCGGAGUCUUUGGGCUCGGGUGUGCCCUAGAACUUGCAAAAAGGGGCUACAGCAACGUUACUGUCUUCGACCGCCUGGCACCCCCAGUACCUGAUGGAAGCAGCUGCGACAUCUCCCGAAUUGUCCGCAGCGACUAUUCGGAUCCUUUCUACGCAGCUCUAGCAAAAGAGGCAUUGCAAGCAUGGCGAACAGGCCCAUUCAGAAGCUUUUAUCACAAUUCCGGAUUCGUUUUGACCUCGGAGUCUCUGCCUGACGCGUUUUUGGAAAAGUUGAAAGGAGUUCUCCGAGGCCAGAAUAUCCCAUUCGAGGAUUUCGACAGCACGGCUGAGUUGAAAGCAAAGUUCCCUUGUUUACACGAGAUUAACGCAGAUUUUGGAGGCUAUCUGAAUCCAAAUGCAGGCUGGGCAGACGCUGCUGGCGCUGUGGGCCUCCUCGCGGCCCUGUGCACUGAGAAGGGUGUUUCCAUUGUCACUGGGCCAAGAGGAACUGUAAAGUCGUUGAGAAUCACAAAAUCAGGCAUUGAGGGUGUAAAUGUCGCCAGUGGUCCUCCGAUAAUGGGAUCAAAAGUCAUUUUGGCUACCGGCGCUUGGACAAAUGCCUUGCUGGACUUGACAUAUGCGAUGUCCUCAUCUGGCCAACCCGUGGGUUUCAUCCAAUUGACGCCAGAAGAAGCACAGACCAUCUCUCAGAUGCCGACUCUCAUCAACAUGACCACGGGCUUCUUUGUUUUUCCUCCCACCCCAGGGACAAACAUACUCAAAGUGGCCUGUCAUGGCCACGGAUUCGAAACCACAAUUCGCGCCGAGAGUACAGAUCAGUCUAUAUCUGCCCCGAAACGAGAUUCGAAUAAUGCAGCGUCUUCUUUCAUACCCGACUCUGCGGAUGCUGCUUUACGACAUGGACUCAGACAGGUGCUUCCAAGUUUUGCGGAGAAGCCUUGGAUGAGAAGAAGGCUCUGCUGGUACACCGACACCCCAGAGGGCAAUUUUGUUAUUGAUCAUCACCCAUCCAUCCAAGGCCUUUUCAUUGCUGCAGGAGGUGCCGGACAAGAAGGCACCGCAGACGGUCAGAGAGAAAUGGAGGCUGCUGAGAGACCCAGGAACGCGAAUGCCUUUUGUUUGCAACGAUGGGAGCCGCAGAGGUCCGGCAAGGAGGAUAUUAUCGAGGGCAGAGCAAGCUCGACUGUGAGCAAGUCUAGGCUGUGUGUUGAACGAAGGUUCUACAACGAUACCGCUCGGAGACUGGAACUGUCUGCCAGCGAAUCCACAUAUUAUCCUCUGAUCCUAUACCAACAGGAAAGGGUGCCUGACCAGGACUUCGUUGUAGGCAAAUGUGUCGGUCCCGUGAAUUGA